AUCAUGAGGCUGUGUCUCUCUCUGCCCUGAUUGCACUCCAUGCUGGGCUAGGUAGAGAUUCUGGGGUAAAAAUGCAGCAAUGAAACCAACUUUUUACCAUAUCUAAUUGAAUAAGUUUUGCCCACUUGUAACUGUCUAUGUAAAAAUAUGGGCUUUUUUCAAUCCAUUGGUUGUUAAAUGGUGAAAGGAGAACGCAAAGGAUUUAAAACUGGAUGGAAUAUUACACAAUGCAAGAAAACUGAGAGAAACAUAAGAAGAAACUAAUUCUAAGGAGCAGAACAGUUGUGUGUAGGAGAGGAAAACACAGGAUGAAAUCAGUACACGGAAGAAACCCAUGCAAGCAGAGGGAGAAUAAACUCGACACUAUACAGUCAAAAUCGAUCUGGCUGUAAAAGAAAAGGAAAGAAAAGCAGAGCUAUAAGGUGGCAUAAGAAAGAUGGAUCCAAGGGGAUCAACAGUCGAGGAGGGAGCACAGAAGAAAAAGAAGAAACCUUUAGUACCACCUUCCCCACGUCCUCCUCGCUCAUUAUUCUGUCUUGGCCUUCAAAACCCAUUCAGGAAAGCUUGCAUAAACAUUGUGGAAUUGAAAAUAUUUGAAGUAAUAAUACUCCUCACCAUUUUUGCAAAUUGUGUGGCACUAGCAAUCUAUCUGCCCAUGCCAGAGGAUGACACCAACUCCACCAAUGCUGUCUUGGAGAAGGUUGAGUACAUCUUCCUGUUUAUUUUCACAAUUGAAGCAUUUUUGAAGAUUGUAGCUUAUGGCUUCAUAUUACACACGGAUGCUUAUCUCCGCAAUGGAUGGAAUAUUCUUGACUUCACCAUUGUUUCUGUAGGAGUUUUCUCAGUGGUCCUGGAGCAAAUUAAUAAACUUCAAGGAAUAACUACCGCAGGAGGUGGAUCCGGAUUUAACGUCAAGGCGCUGAGAGCUUUUCGUGUCUUAAGACCCCUUCGUUUGGUGUCUGGAGUGCCCAGCCUCCAAGUGGUGCUAAAUUCCAUAAUUAAAGCCAUGGUUCCUCUUCUGCAUAUAGCUCUUCUGGUUCUUUUUAUGAUUAUUAUUUAUGCAAUUGUCGGAUUAGAGCUAUUUUCUGGGAAGAUGCAUAAAACAUGUUAUUACACAGGAACAGAUAUAAUAGCUACAGUGGAACUAGAGAAUCCUGCCCCAUGUAGCACUACAGGCCAAGGCCGACAGUGCACCAUGAAUGGAACACAAUGCAGGGGAUGGUGGCCAGGGCCCAAUGAUGGUAUUACUCAUUUUGACAACUUUGGUUUUGCCAUGCUGACUGUAUAUCAGUGCAUUACUAUGGAAGGGUGGACAGAGGUACUUUACUGGGUUAAUGAUGCUAUUGGCAAUGAAUGGCCCUGGAUUUACUUUGUCAGUCUCAUCCUCCUUGGUUCUUUCUUUGUGCUCAACUUGGUGCUUGGUGUCCUGAGCGGUGAGUUUACAAAAGAGCGUGAGAAAGCCAAAUCUCGAGGUGCCUUUCAAAAGCUGCGGGAACAGCAGGCAAUGGAUGAGGAUUUGCGUGGCUAUUUGGACUGGAUCACUCAUGCAGAAGUUAUGGAUCCAGAUAUGGAACCAGGAGAUGGGUUCUCACAGUUAGAGGAAGGUGGCUCUGAAACUGACAGUCUGUAUGACAUGGAGGGAAUCAACAAAUGUAUUGCCUUUUUUCGUCAGUGGCGUCACUGGCACCGGCUGCUUCGCCGAAAGAGUCGUGCUCUUGUGAAAUCCAGAUUCUUCUACUGGCUUGUUAUCAUUGUUAUCCUUUUCAACACUAUUACUAUUGCAACUGAGCACCACAAUCAAUCUGAAGCACUAACAAAAGCUCAAGAUAUUGCAAAUCAGGUGCUGCUUGCUCUGUUCACAAUGGAGAUGAUACUGAAGAUUUAUGCCCUUGGUUUUCAGUCAUAUUUCAUGUCACUUUUCAACCGCUUUGACUGCUUUGUGGUCUGCACGGGACUUCUAGAAGUAAUGCUGGUGUCCAGCAACAUCAUGUCUCCACUUGGAAUAUCUGUUCUACGGUGUAUACGACUACUUCGUAUAUUCAAAAUUACACGAUACUGGACUUCACUGAACAACCUGGUGGCUUCUCUGCUCAACUCUGUCCGCUCAAUUGCAUCUCUCCUCCUCCUGCUAUUCCUCUUCAUGAUCAUCUUUGCUUUACUUGGGAUGCAGAUGUUCGGUGGAAAGUUUGACUUUGAGGAUUCAGAGAUACGGAGAAGCACUUUUGACAAUUUCCCGCAAGCACUAAUCACUGUCUUUCAGGUUUUGACUGGAGAGGACUGGAAUUCUGUAAUGUAUAAUGGAAUCAUGGCAUAUGGUGGCCCUUCCUUUCCAGGGAUGUCCGUUUGUAUCUACUUUAUCAUACUAUUUGUCUGCGGGAAUUACAUUUUACUGAAUGUGUUUCUUGCUAUUGCUGUUGACAACCUUGCUGAGGCCGAGAAUCUUACUUCUGCACAGAAAGCUAAGUCAGAAGAACGUAAACGCAAAAAGUUAGCAAGAGCAAACCCAGAUAAAUCAGAGGAAGAAAAGCUGUUAUUGGCAAAGAAAUUAGAACAGAAAGCAAAGGGGGAAGGAAUACCUACAACAGCUAAGCUAAAGAUAGAUGAAUUUGAGUCUAAUGUAAAUGAAAUCAAGGAUCCUUAUCCUUCUGCCGACUUUCCAGGUGAUGAUGAGGAGGAAGAACCUGACAUACCUUUAAGUCCUCGCCCUCGCCCUCUGGCAGAGCUGCAAUUAAAAGAGAAGGCUGUUCCCAUGCCGGAGGCCAGUUCAUUCUUCAUUUUCAGCCCAACCAACAAAAUCAGAGUACUGUGUCAUCGUAUUGUCAAUGCCACCACCUUCACCAAUUUCAUCUUGCUCUUCAUUUUACUAAGUAGCAUCUCUUUGGCUGCUGAGGAUCCUAUUCAACCAGACUCUUUCCGUAAUCAGAUUCUCUAUUACUUUGAUAUUGUUUUCACGGCUAUUUUUACCACCGAGAUCGUCCUUAAGAUGACCACAUAUGGUGCUUUCUUGCACAAAGGUUCCUUCUGCAGAAACUAUUUUAACAUCCUUGAUCUGUUGGUGGUUGGAGUCUCUCUCAUCUCUUUUGGGAUUCAGUCUAGUGCUAUCUCUGUGGUGAAGAUUCUAAGGGUGCUCAGAGUUUUACGUCCUCUGAGAGCUAUAAAUCGUGCCAAAGGUCUGAAGCAUGUAGUCCAGUGUGUAUUUGUGGCCAUUAAAACCAUUGGAAACAUUGUCCUGGUUACAACACUUUUGCAGUUCAUGUUUUCCUGCAUUGGUGUACAGCUUUUCAAGGGCAAAUUCUUCAGCUGUACUGACACAACCAAGAUGACAGAAGAGGAAUGCAGGGGCUAUUUUAUCGUGGAAAAAGAUAAUGACCCAAGUCAGCUGCAGCUGAAGCCACGAAUUUGGUCUCAUAGUGAAUUCCACUUUGAUAAUGUCCUUUCUGGCAUGAUGUCUCUUUUCACUAUCUCUACCUUUGAGGGCUGGCCCCAGUUGCUGUACAGAGCUAUAGACUCACACACUGAGGAUAUGGGACCCAUCUAUAAUUACCGUAUUGAGAUUGCAGUCUUCUUCAUUGUCUACAUUAUCCUCAUUGCCUUCUUCAUGAUGAACAUCUUUGUGGGAUUUGUAAUUGUCACCUUCCAGGAACAAGGAGAGCAGGAGUAUAAAAACUGUGAAUUAAACAAAAACCAGAGGCAGUGUGUGCAGUAUGCAUUGAAGGCACGUCCCCUGCGACGGUACAUCCCCAAAAAUCCACAUCAGUAUAAGGUCUGGUAUUUGGUGACGUCCUCAUAUUUUGAGUAUCUGAUGUUUGCACUCAUUAUGCUGAAUACCAUCAGCCUUGGGAUGCAGCACUAUGGGCAGACAGCAGAGUUCAGUCAUGUAUCUGAUAUCCUCAAUGUGGCAUUCACCGGAAUAUUCACUGUGGAAAUGCUACUAAAGUUGGCAGCUUUCAAAGCAAAGGGUUACUUCGGGGACCCCUGGAAUGUUUUUGAUUUCCUCAUUGUCAUAGGCAGUGUGAUUGACGUUAUCCUAAGUGAGAUCGAUACCCCAGGCAUCCCUGCCACCCCCGGAAGUGAGGACACAUCACGUAUCUCCAUCACAUUUUUCCGAUUGUUUCGUGUUUUGCGACUUGUGAAGUUAUUAAGCCGUGGGGAGGGAGUCAGAACUUUGCUCUGGACCUUUAUAAAAUCGUUUCAGGCACUUCCGUAUGUUGCUCUGCUCAUUGUAAUGCUAUUUUUUAUCUACGCUGUCAUUGGAAUGCAGAUCUUUGGUAAAAUUGCCUCGGUUGAUGGAACACAAAUAAAUCGAAAUAACAACUUCCAGACGUUCCCUCAAGCUGUAUUAGUACUGUUCAGGUGUGCAACUGGGGAGGCCUGGCAUGAAAUCCUUUUAGCCUGUUCUUAUGGGAAGCUGUGUGACCCAAAGUCCGAUUUUUUGCCUGGUGAAGAAUACACAUGCGGAACAAGCUUUGCAUACUUCUACUUCAUAAGUUUCUAUAUGCUAUGUGCUUUCUUGAUAAUUAAUCUCUUUGUGGCUGUUAUCAUGGACAAUUUUGACUACCUGACCCGUGAUUGGUCAAUUCUAGGUCCACAUCAUCUGGAUGAAUUUAAACGAAUAUGGGCUGAAUAUGACCCUGAAGCAAAGGGACGAAUCAAACAUUUAGAUGUUGUCACUCUUCUGCGAAGAAUUCAGCCCCCUCUAGGUUUUGGAAAGUUUUGCCCUCACCGUGUGGCAUGUAAGAGGUUGGUCAGUAUGAAUAUGCCACUGAACAGUGAUGGUACUGUCACAUUUAACGCAACUUUAUUUUCGCUCGUAAGGACAGCUUUGAAGAUAAAAACUGAAGGUAAUUUUGAACAGAGCAAUGAAGAGCUGCGGAUGAUUAUAAAGAAAAUAUGGAAAAGAACGAGUAUGAAACUCCUGGAUCAGGUGAUCCCACCAAUUGGAGAUGAUGAGGUUACCGUCGGUAAGUUUUAUGCCAUUUUCCUGAUACAAGAACAUUUCCGAAAGUUCAAGAAACGUCAGGAAGAGUAUUACGGAUAUCGGCCUAAGAGAAGUAACAAUGUGGAGAUCCAGGCUGGUUUGCGCACUGUGGAAGAAGAGGAAGGGGAAGGUGAACUACAUCGCGCAGUUUCUGGUGAUCUAACCGCAGAGGAGGAAUUGGAGAGAGCAAUGGUGGAAGCAGCCAUUGAGGAUGGAAUUUAUCGGAGAACAGGUGGACUGUUUGGGCAGGAAGAUAGUUUUCACACGGAGCCAGUCAGCCCUAUGCACACAACAAUCACCAGCCAGCGACCCUUGCGCUUUUCUGAGGCUGGCAGUGAAGACCUAGAUUCUCCUGUAUUUCUGCCAGACCCCGUGUUCUUCCCUCCACCAAGGAGGAACCGCAACACAAACAAUAGUACAAUCUCAAGGGUAUUAGGACAGAGACUCACUACUCCAGACGCACAUACACCGCAGCAAACAGAAGUCCAGUGGGAUGCUAAUAGUGUCACCAGCCAGGAAGCAAGGUCUUGGAAGUUAUGAGAACAACAGUUAAACGUGCUGAAUAACCAUUCCUUCAAGAUGAAACAAGACACCUUACUAAUGACUCUCUUAUAUGACUGAAACAGCACCGUUACUAACAAACUGAUAUAUCUCUCAAUUAAACAUUUCACUGCAGUGGAGCUAGAGAUCAGUCUAAUCUUUAUCAGUGAAGCAGUUAAAGUUGUGUUUUUAAUACAAUAUUAACAUAAUAAAUCAUGUUUCACUUA